UGCGCCUCCAAGUCCCAGAGGCCUUUGCUGACAAACGUAAACGUGAGAGAGAGAAGGAAGGAAGAUGGCAUUCGUCUCGAUGAAAGAGACGGAGCCCGAACCGGAACCCACGACUGUGAAGCCGGGAGACGCCGAAGAGAUCCGGGUUACGACAAGCGAAGAGGAGACUGCCCUCUCUGCCCUCGCCACCCGCCGCUGCCCCGAAUGCGGGCGGACCUUCGCCCACUCUGGGCACCUCCAAACCCACCGCCGCACCCACACGGGCGAGAAACCCUAUCGCUGCAGCGAGUGUGGGAAGGUUUUCAGCCAGUUGGGCAACCUCAAAGAACACUGGAGAAUUCACACUGGGGAGACUCCAUACCAGUGCCCGGACUGCGAGAAGAGCUUCACCCACUACGGAAGCCUACGAACCCACCGCCGCGUCCACACGGGGGAGAAACCGUACGCCUGCAGCGCAUGUGGGAAAAGCUUCGGACAGCUGGAGCACCUCCGCACCCACGGCCGCGUCCACUCGGGAGAGAAGCCAUUCCUCUGCUCCGACUGCGGGAAGAGUUUCAGCCAGGGGGAGCAUCUGAAGAAGCACAGGCGCACCCACACUGGGGAGAAGCCCUUCCAGUGCUCCCACUGCGGGCUGAGCUUCAGCCAGCUGGAGAACCUGAGGAAGCAUCAGCCCACCCACACUGGGGAGAAGCCCUUCCAGUGCAGUGAGUGUGGGAAGUGUUUCACGCGGGCCGGCACCCUGAGCCAGCACUGGAGACUUCACACAGGGGAGAAGCCAUAUCGCUGUGCUCGCUGCGGAGAAGGGUUCACCUUCUCCAACCAGCUCAGAGCGCAUUGCUGCCAACGGGAAACUACUGCCACCCACUAGAGGGAUCAUGUGUUUUUUUUAUGGUGGUCCAGCUGUUAGAGACAGGGUCUUGUUACCAGGAGGUUCAAAUCCAGGCUCAGCCCCUGACUCACUGUGUGUGUGUGAGAGACCGUGAGCAAGUC